GCAGCGGACGCCAUUUUGAUACUGAACACCGUGGGUGUAUCGGAUCAGGCUCCGAUAGACAGCAAAAAUUACAUUUAAACUCUUUGAAUAAUUUGUCAGCAGAAGACGAACAGACAUGUCAUCAGAUAACCAGGACGCAGAGACGCAUUCGGAGCAGCUAGACGAGACUCAGGAGACCCAGGACACAAACUCAAACCCUGUGCGUACAGAGGAGGCCAAAUUGAAAACUAAGUAUCCAAACUUGGGUCAAAAGCCAGGUGGCUCUGACUUUCUGAUGAAGAGACUGCAAAAAGGGCAAAAGUAUUUUGACUCAGGUGAUUAUAACAUGGCAAAGGCAAAGAUGAAGAACAAACAGUUGCCUGCUGCAGCUGGUCCAGACAAGAACAUCGUUACCGGGGAUCACAUUCCAACCCCACAAGACCUUCCUCAAAGAAAGUCCUCAUUGGUUACAAGUAAACUGGCCGGCUAACAGCACCCAUAGGGCUUGAAUAAACCCUAUUACCAAACCUCCAAAAUGUUUCCCAAAACCUCCCCAGCCUCACCAGACCAGAUUCAUCUGGACUGGUUGUAUAUUAUUUGUUUAAUUUGUGUUCAUUUGGGUAUAGAGUUUUGUUUUCCUUUUCACUUCAGCAGGUCUCACUAAACCAACUCUGUUACCCUCUUCGGUGUCCCACAUAGGGUAGGGAAAAAAUAUACCUUCAGUACUGCAAAGCCCCAGUGGAGCAUGAUGCACUUUACUCUGUGUACCCUGUACAUCAGUGAUUAUUAAGAACAAAAAUGUGUUAGAUGCUUUUAAACGUGUCAAAUAAUCAACCACAAAUGACUUUUUGAAAAGGAUUUAAGAUUGUUUUAGGAGGCAUUGUUUUAUAUGGAUAGUACUUGAGUCAUUGGUCCUAGAUGUACGUUAGCGGCCCUCUAAUCAUUUACGGUGACACUUGAUGACAAAGAAUGAGUGUUUUCUAAGAAUUUCUUUAUUUGAACUGUAUACAAAUGGUCAAAUUGAUAUUGGUAAAGGGCAGGUAGGGACUUAAUCUACUCCUCUGCCUCUCGUCUUCUAAAUAUGGCUCAGUUGAAUUAAGUAACAGCUGCUUAUACUGGAUUUAUUUACUAUUUUAGGACUUUACCCAUAGUAGGGUCCUAGCAAGCUGUUUCAACCAACAUGAUUAAAUUAUAGUUAUCACUGUUUUUGAGUGUAAACAGAUUGUUGUCCUUUCCAGAUAACAGUCAACAGCAGAAAUACUCUUUGCAUGCAACUUGAUAAUGAAAGGAGAAUACAAGAAUGAUCUCAUCAUCAAUUGGUCGUUCUUUUGAAGCCAAAAAAACACUUGCGUAAAAGUUUUGAUCUCGUUGAACUGUUGAUACUCUGAACCAUUGGAAUGUUCAUGAAAGGUAGUUACCGCAUUCACUCUCUUAGGCAUCAAUUCUCCUGUAACAGCGAUGUAUUUAUUAAUGGGUUUUAUGUACGAUUAUUUUGUGAUAUAUACUGGUUAUGUAGUGUGAUGCACAUGAUCAUCUGAGAUAACUGGAUGCAAUCAUUCUGUUUGUCUUUUGUGUCUGUGGUCCUAAGAGUGUGGGAUGAGGGCUCAGUGAAAAUGAGCAGCACCUUUGGUGCAAUAUUUUAAAUCAGAAUAGUGUUUCACUUGUCAUAUAAAUGCCAUGAAUUACAUGAUAAAAUUUGCUAUAACUUUUGAAAAUACCCAAGCAUUACUUUAAUACCAAGAAUCCUUAAGUUGUUAACAUGCAGAUUAAUAUCAUGUGUUGAAAGAGUUAAAAACUGACAUAAGAUUUUAGAAUAGUUACAGAGAAUAUUACAUCACAUGACUGAUUUUUAUGUCCUCUGUGGUUUCUUGACUCUUUUCAUUAUAAAGUGUCCUUUUCUUGAGGGCUUAAAUUGUAUGCAUUUGUACAUUCGAAGUUUAACAAAGAUUUAGGAUGGUUGUUGUAAAUCAUUGGUAACUUUGUAAUGUUUAACAUUUAGUUUAGCUAUAAGACAAAAAGUUAUACCCAAACCUAAAGGUGUGGUAGAAUUCCUGAACACUACGGUGGCUGGAAGAUGUGGAUUCUGAAACUUUGUGUGAGUCAGGAUUUGCAUAGCGCAAUGGAAAAAGUGAGCCCUCUCUGAAACCACACACUCAUUUAAAUUAAGUAAAAACGCAUUAUAAAAAUACAUAAAAGAUGUAUGUAUACUCACUACAAGGGAACUAACAUGCAAAGAAAUUGAAUGUGUUUUUUAAUAAAGGUUGUGGUGCUGAUGGCAGUUGGCAAUACAUCAGGGAAAUAUGGUCUUGCACUUAGUGUUUGUGACUUGAUGGUAUGUGUGGAUGUUUCCUUUAGGGAAAGCGUUAUUGCACAAUGCUAGGAGAUAAUCUUAUUUUGUGCUGCAGCCAAAUUGUAAAUAGAUCAACUGUGCAUCUGGUGUCAUAUUUGUGCAUUUUGUCUUGUAUUAUGUGUUUCAGUUGUCUUUAGAACAUGUUCUUUUCAGUGUUCACAGAGUUUGUGUUUGAUCUUUCCUUUGGUAUUAUAGUUUGUAUAUCUUGCUUUUUCUCCAUAAUUUGUAAUGUAAAUAUUGACAAGAAUAUCAUCAGUUCUAAAAUGAGAAUCUUGUGUAAAUAGGGAGGCUAUGGAUUGUAUUGUGAUAAUGAAGGUUUUGGUUAAAUUUAGACAGCUCUGUACUGAUAACCCCCAUGACGAUGUAAAACCUCCCACAAUGCAACGUGAUUUCCUUUGGAACUGCAUAUUAAUUCUGAACAUCUUAAUUCUCUGACACAAAGAUAUUAAUGCGCUGUGAUGUGAAUCAUGAGUCCAUACAUGAUCAUUUUAGAUGUUUUGCUUGUGGAAAAGUGUCAUCUGUCCACUUAAAAUUUUAUUUACAUAGAAAGAUGUUCAAAUGAAUGGUAAUGUCUGAUCCUUAAAUAAAGUUUUACAUUAAUAGCAGAAA